AUGUGCAAUCGGAGCGCAGAGGCACCUGCAGUGGUGGGCGUGCAAUCGGAGCACAGCGGCAGCAGGCCCAGGAGGCACACGAUCAGAGCAUGGCACAGCGACCUGGUGGGUGCACAAUUGGAGAACAGCAGCAGCCGGCCCACCAAGCACAAGAUCAGAGCACAGCGCAGUGACCGGCAGGCGCGAGAUCAGAGCAUAGCGGGGGGGUGUACCCGCUCAAGAGGAUCACAUCUAGGGGUUGAAACAGGAAAGAACAUGACCAUGUUGUCAGAUAAACAUCUGGUAACCUAUGUUGUGACAGCAGUGUCGGACAAAGAGGUGGCUCUGAUCCAUGAGAAGGAAGAGGAAGAGUUCAAUGAGAAGAGUGAAAAUGAUUCUGGCAUCAAUGAGGAGCCACUACUCACAGCAGAUCAGGUGAUUGAGGAGAUAGAAGAAAUGAUGCAGAACUCCCCUGACCCUGAGGAAGAAGAGGAGGGUCUGGAAGAGGAGGAUCCAGGAGAAACCUCAUCCCAAGUAGACUCAGUCCUGCUGCAGGAGAUGCAAGCCUUGACCCAGACCUUCAACAACAACUGGUCCUAUGAAGGGCUGAGGCACAUGACUGGGUCUGAGCUGGCAGAGCUGCUGGACCAGGUGGAGGGUGCCAUCCGUGACUUCUCAGACGAGCUGGUGCACCAGCUGGCCCGCAGGGAUGACCUGGAGUUUGAGAAGGAAGUGAAGAACUCCUUCAUCACGGUGCUCAUUGAGGUGCAGAACAAACAGAAGGAGCAGCGGGAACUGAUGAAAAAAAGGUGGAAAGAAAAAAGGCUGAGCCUGCACAGCAGCCGAAUAGAGAAGGGGAGCCAGAUGCCCCUCAAGCACUUCAGUAUGGAAGGCAUCUCCAACAUCCUUCAGAGCGGCAUCCGUCAGACCUUUGGCUCUUCAGGAACUGACAAGCAGUAUCUGAACAUAGUCAUCCCGUAUGAGAAGAAAUCCUGUCCUCCCUCGGUGGAAGACCUGCAGAUGCUGACAAACCUCUUCGCCAUGAAGGAAGACAAUGAGAGGGUGCCUACUUUGCUAACGGACUACAUUUUAAAAGUGCUCUGUCCAACCUAACCUUGCCUUUGCAGCAACCUGGCUGCAGGAGGUCACUGAGCAAGAGUCAUUCCAUCACGGGGACUGCAUGACACUACGUAACCUCCAGCGUGUAUUCAAACGUGUAUAGCUUAACAUGGAUUAAACAUGAGCAAUUGCGCGGAGUCCUUUGUUGUUGGCUUCUAGUGCUAGUAAUCACUGGAUGCAUGAUGGAAUGGGGUACAAGGCCUGGGACGUUGCCUCCUCUCCACCUGUGUUGAGGAAAGCAGAUGUCCUCACCAUUCAUUAUGUAGUCUAGCUCCAGCCCUUAAAAACAGCUUAUACUUCAAGACUAAUUAUGAAAUAAACCUUCAUUUAUUU